UAAAAGAUGCUUUAAAAUUAAUAACACAUCCAUUUAUCUUCACUGCUGCGAGUGAAGUGAUAGCCUGCCACCUAUGUUUACUUAAUAGCUGACAUAUCUUGGCCACUCUUUUUACUUUUUGCUCUAACUAAAGGAUUUCCUCAACAGAAUCAGCAGCUAAAUGAGAUCAUGAUUUUAGAAGGAACUGGCAGAAUGAGUCUUAAUACCGUCACAAGUCUUCUUCAUGAACAAUCGACCUGGGCAGAGGGAUAUCCCACAUGUCAUGCAGCAUCGAGCAGUUUCUUUGGAACACAGUGGCAUGAAAUCCAUCCUCAGUAUUGGACAAAGUAUCAGGUCUGGGAAUGGCUCCAACAUCUUUUGGACACCAACCAGCUUGAUGCCAACUGUAUCCCAUUCCAGGAAUUUGACAUCAGUGGGGAUCAUCUGUGUAGCAUGACUUUGCAAGAUUUCACCCGGGCAGCUGGUUCUGCUGGACAACUUCUUUACAGCAACCUCCAUCAUCUAAAGUGGAAUGGUCAGUGUGGAACUGGAAGUGAAGUGUAUCCAUCACACAAUGUCAUUGUUAAAACAGAACAAACAGUCCCUUUUUUUGUUGCAGAGGAUUCUUCAGAAGGGAAGAAAAUUUCACAAGAUCACCCUCCAAAACCACACAAUAAGAAACACACUCCACGGGGAACUCACUUGUGGGAGUUCAUCAGAGACAUUCUCCUUCAUCCAGAGAAGAAUCCUGGGUUGAUAAAAUGGGAGGAUCGGUCAGAAGGCAUCUUCCGAUUUUUAAAAUCAGAGGCAGUGGCUCAGCUAUGGGGAAAGAAGAAGAACAACAGUAGCAUGACUUAUGAGAAACUCAGCCGUGCCAUGAGAUACUAUUAUAAAAGAGAAAUUCUUGAGCGUGUAGAUGGCCGGAGACUGGUAUAUAAAUUUGGGAAGAAUGCCCGUGGCUGGAGAGAAAAUGAAAACUAAGUACAACUUUAAAAACAGCUGUAGAAAUCUUCACUGACCGGAAAUCCUAGCGGAUGUAAAUAUUCCAAAGACUGUUUUCUUCUAUUUAUGUACAAAAAUUGGGGCCUGCAGAAAUCUACGUCUAAUGGGAAGAAGGAACACUAUUGUUUGUUGAUGUUAUAAGUAUUUUAUUUGAAAUAUGUCCUUUUAUGGAGAGUAUGUACACAGUUUUCUGUGACCUAUGAUAAUACUGUAUGUAAAUGUAUAAGGAUGAGUUGCCUUUCUUGUAAAGAUUUUAAAGAAAAUGAAUUCCAAAAGAAAUGUGAUUUAGCUUAAUGCUGCGAGAGGCAUUUGCCGUAGUGGGAGCAAAUCACAGGGCAUUACUUUAUAUUUAGGUAUAUCACUGCAUUUUAGAGAACUAGGGGUUUAUAAUAUCUGUCUCAGAAUUAUAUGAGAUAGGUCUUUCCAUUCAAAAUAUAGAACUUUUUUCAAAGGCUGUCGAGUAGUAACGCACCAAUGGUUAAUUAAAUCAAAGGCUGUUGAGUUAUGGCUUCACUUUUUUUUCUUGGUUUUUUUUCUAUCCCUUCUUUUAUACAAUAUAAUAUGGCCAUUUACAGUAGCCUGGAUCUUUUUGUAGUCCUCCAUUUAGAGUUGGGUUUAUCAGCUCAUUCCAUUCCCAAAUAAUUCUCUGUUGAAAUAAGUCCUAGAACAUUAGGAAUAGUGGAUGCUUUAUUUAUAGGCCUCAAUAACUUUAGCUGAACUUCAUAACCAAUCUUGAAUGCUUGUGACUCAUCAUGAAAUCUUAGGUGUCAGCAAUAUAAAGCUGCCUUUCCCAAACUGGAAUCACCCAGGUUUUUGGAACUAGAAACAACUAUGCAAACUGGACAUUCUUAAUUCAUUUGCCAUGUUGAAGAAUUCGUAAUAACUAGCAGCAAAUAUCCACAUUUCUGACAGAAGUGACUUACAAGGUCCCUUCCAACUCUGUUAAUAUGUAACUGUAUCUUUAUCUGUAUCUGCACCAAACUGAACUGAAGAUUUUCUGCAUCCAAAGCAUUUGUUUAGUCGCCUACCUAGCGGAUAUGAACAUAGAUUUCUGCGAAGGGUCUUUAUUGCUCUGUGAGUUUGCUUGUUUUCUUGCAGACGUUGCAUUACCUUAAUUAGGUAACUAGGCAUUCAUGAUGUUGCCUAGUUAGGGUAAUGAAAUAUCUUCAAAAACACAAGCAAACUCAGAGACCAACAAGGACCCCUCAUUUCAUCCCUGAGCUACAAAUAUUCUCCUUUAUUGAUAUAUGUCUAUGUGAUAAUGAAACUGUACUUUGAUAUUAAGAUUUUACGGUACAUGUCCCACCAUUCAGAAAGCUAAUAAUCUAAGAUUCUGUUUCAGUCUUUCUUCUCUUUCUCCCAAAUGCCUAGUUUUUAUUUUCUGGGUUGGUGUGGCAUAUUCAGUCAUGUAAGUUCCUUCAUGUAAGAAAAUGAUUCAGUACAAGCAUCUUCCAGCCCAAGAGCUACAAUUAAAAAUGGCUAAUGAGCAAAUUAAAUUUUACCUGUUAGACUUAAAUCCAAACUUGUCUGAAACUUAAAGUUUCUGUGUUCUCAAAAAUGCCAGUUGAGUGUUUUUUCAUAAAUAUAUAAAAAUAA